AUGAGCGUCGCGUUGGCGAUCAGAGGGACGACGUGCGUGUCGUUCGAUCUUCCAGGGCACGGGGAGUGCGCGAGCGGUGAUCACGGGGACGUGCGAGGGAUUUGGACGGGGCGAGCGAAGACGCUCGAGCGGAUCGCGCGCGCGUUGGACGCGAGCGACGCCCCGGAGUCGAUCACGAUCGUGGGGUCGUCCAUGGGUGGAGCCCUGGCGAUUUACGCCGCGAACGAGCUGAAAAUGGCCGGGACGCGGACGAUCGAGCGGGUGGUUUUGAUCAAUCCGUUGAUGCGGAUGAAGCUGUAUUUACCGGGCGUCGCGCUCGCGGCGUUACGGUUGGCGGCGAUCGUCGCGCCCGGGGUGGAGGUGUCAUCGAGACCGCAGGAUAAGGUGAAUGAUGACGACGCCCCAGAGGGGACGGCUAAGAUGGAUUUCGACGACGAGGGACAGAAGCAGUGCGACGCGGACGAGCUGACGUACAAGGGUGGGGUGACGCUUCGCACGGGGGUGGAGCUGUACGCGCUGACGCGUCACAACGCGGGCGCGCGGGCAGAGGAUUGCGGAAUGGUGCGAUUGUCGUUCACCACGCCCGUACUACUCCUCACGGGCGGGCGAGAUGAGGUCGUGGAUCCCGACGCGGCGACGCAACAGGUCAAGCUCGCCAUGAGCGCGGGCGGGAAAGUCGAGCACAAAAAGUUUCCAAACGCUGGGCACUCGCUCACAUUGCAGAGUCGCAGAGAGGAGGUGUUCGAUCUCGUGGCUGAUUGGCGGUGGUUGUAA